AUGUCAGCAAACGCGUCGGAGGGUCGGAUUUCCAUGACCGUCCAGAGUAUCAUGGCAGACAUUCCCGAUCCUCCCACGUCCACGUCCACGCCUACAACGACCACACCUGCUGCUGCCAUCACUGCUCCUGCCGGCGCACCGUCCGACGAUCGCACACGCGCUGCGUCGAUCAGCACGGCGCCUACCCCAUCGUCCAACGUCUCGCAGCCCUCGCCGUCGAGUGUUUCCCUACCACCAAUAGAAGCACCGUCACGGAGAAAACGUCCACUGCCCGGAAGUCGCGCCGAUGAUGGUCCCUCGCCUACUCAGCCGACCGACCCCUCGCGCAGAAAGCGCCCGCUUCCAGAGGGUCGUCCCGACGAUGGCCCGCAGGAGUCCCAAGCCAUGGAAGCUUCGAGGAAGAAGCGCUCCCUACCCGAAGGCCGUCCUAGUAGCGGCCCAUCGCCCGAUCCUUCGGAGUCGUCCCGGAGGACCCUGCCCGAGAGACCCUCCUCGAGGCACUACCUCCGCGAAGAAUCCGAGUCUGGCCCGGCGCAGUCUCCGGUCCAGCCCACCGCUACCGCCGCCGCUGCUGCCACUGCCGCCGCCAACCGAAGAAGAAGCCACAAAGUCAGCCGCGCGUGCGACUACUGCAAGGCCAAGAAGUUGAAGUGUUCCGGCACCAUCCCCUGCAACGUCUGUACCAAGAAACGUCUCGCUUGCAUUUACGAUGCGAGCUACCGUCGCGGAAGACCACCGACACCUCCUCCUGCCCCUUCAGCGGGAGUGGAAACCGCAACAACAGAGGCUAGGUUAACUAGAGCCAUUCCGCAGGCGCAACCUUCUGCUUCCGCAGCUCCAACCCUUGAAUUUGCUGCGCGGCCGUUGACACUCGAGACUUCGCCGCCCGCGCGUUUCGAGGAAAGCGUCCAACCCGUAUCAAGGGCAUCACCAGAGGUCGACGUUGCGGAGAUCGAAGGACAGUAUUUCGACACGACGUCCAGCCUGAAUUUUCUCCAUCGUGCAUGGAAGCGACUGUCGUCCCAGCGCCUCGUCGGCGGCGUUGUCCCCCACGUAGCCAGCGUCAACGAGUUGAACCAAAGUAUGACCAGGGCGGGCGACAAACCCUUCGCGUCGGCCACACACGAGAGUCACCCUCUUCCAGGGCGUGCCGCUGGACUGGAAAUGAUGCACUUCUACUUCGACGUCUGCGUGGUGACCUACCGCUGUCUGCAUCAGGGCUACGUGGUCGAGUGGUUCAACACGCUACUGACGAACGCUCUAGACAACGAGCCGUUACAUCGUGAGAUAGGUCACGCGAAAGCCUCGAUCGUUCUGACGAUCCUCGCCAUCGUGACGUUGCGAAAAAUUAAAGUCAAUGGUACAGCGCCUUCCCCGGACGAGGCCUCCGAAUUACGACGUAGCGAUUCCUACUUCUGCCGAGCUACGGGCUUAACAGACCAAGAGACGGGUCUUCCCAAACUAGAAUCAGCACAGGCCCGGUUACUGCAAGUUUUGUACCUCCUUCAGACGUCACGGAUGAACCAAGCUUGGUACGUGUUCGGCAGCAUUCUGCCCAUCGUUUCGGCGCUGGGCUUGCAUCGGAAGUCGAGCCGCAAGAGGGCCAACAACGGCCAGGGGCCGCAGUUCGAUUACAUUGUUUCGCAGUGCAGAAAGAGAACCUUUUGGGUAGCCUACACCAUCGACAAGUACCUUUCCGUAGUCUUCGGCCGCCCAAGGAUGUACCACGACGAAGACAUCGACCAGGACUUCCCUGAUUGCGUUAACGAUGAGGACAUGACUCCUCAGGGUAGAUCGAGCGACGAGCCCGAGAUGGACUGCCAUGUCGAGUCUCUAAUCUUCCACGCUAAACUCGCCCAACUUAUCGACGGCAUUUCUCGCGAGGUGUACUCGAUCAAACACGUACCAAAAGACGAGCGACUCCUUGCGGCCCAUCGUUACGGCCGCGCUCUACAUGCGUGGCGAGAGUCCCUUCCCCAUCAUCUCGGCACUGUCCGACCGAUGUCGUUGAUCCCGUCUUUCCGACGACAAAACACUGCCUUGAAGUUGGCAUACUGUCACGCGAUCAUGCACGCGAACCGACCCUUCCUACUUGGCACUUCGACUUCACGACGCGAAACCCAAGCGACAGCGCUAGACGACAGCGUGGAAGAGUGCAUCAACGCCGCCAGAACCGCGCUGGAAACAGUCGACGGCAUGGCUAGCGAUGGAACACUGUUCCAUGCUUUCUGGUGGACGCCGUAUGUCACUUUUUGCGCUUUGGCAGUCGUUUACGUGUGGAAGAUUCAACGGGGAGAAGACGAUGGCGACAAAAGUCUCUUUGAGCUUGCAGACAGGUGCCAGAAUCAUCUGGCAAGAGCUACGACAUCCGACAGUCCUAGCCGGCGAUACAGCGUUAUCCUCGAGGAGUUGCGGGAAGAGGCCAAGGGUCCAGAAGCGAGGAGAAGACUUGCAGAACAAGGCGCAGCAUCAGAGCAGCUGGAGAGCGGACGAGCGAUGGAUCCGAUGCAAGUAGACGAGCCGUCGGCGAGUGGAGUUGCGCCGUCCACCGAGAUCAGCGACGUCUUCCAAGCCCAAGGCUUCGAAGGGAUGACGAACUUGUUGGCGGGAUGGGAGACUACGGACUGGCUAGAUUUAGACUCCUCGGUAUAUCGCUACCUCCAAACAUUUUAA